AUUUACAAUACCUAUUAUUAGUAAUUAAAAACAGAUUUCUAGCACAUGACAACAAUUUUUAUCUUUCAUAGUAACGCGCGUUUAUAGAACUUUUAUUUCCAGGAUUGUAUAGGUCUAACCGAUAGAAGCUGAGCAGCUCUUUUAAUAUGAGUCACCAUAAUGUAUCAACACUGUAUCCAUGCUCCUUAUAACAAUGUUUUAAAUAUUAAAACAAUUCCAAAACGCUAAAUUUACAUCACAUUAAAACCAUCUCCAUGGUUACCAAUCUUAAAGUUUUAUUUAUUUUUUAAAUUGAAAAUUACAUGAUAAAUUUUUAGGAAAUCCAAAUUUGAAAACAAUUUCUUAAAAUUUGAUUAGUAUUUAUUUGAAUUACUAUUGAAAAAAUCAGAUGGAGAAGCAAAAGAAGAUCAAUGAUCCUGCAUCUUCUACUUUCUCUUGCAAAGACGCAAUUCAUUGCACUGAAAUUAUAAAGGAUCGUUUGUAUUUUGCUACAUUUACCAGCCUGAAGGAAAGAAACAAUACGGCAGAUGUUCACUUUUUCUCCAUAGAUAACGAGCUGGUGUACAAAAACUUUUUCUCCGACUUUGGACCGCUAAACUUGGCUUGUCUGUACAAAUACUGCGUCUUACUUUCAACCAAACUGAAGGCACCGAGCUUAUCAAACAAGGCGAUAGUUCACUGGACAUCACUGGACCCUCGUAAGCGAGCGAAUGCUGCCUACCUGAUAGCCAGCUUUGCAGUCAUCUACUUGGACUACAACCCGUGCGACAUCACCCGAAACCUCACCGUUCAUAGGCAUCCAUUCCUGGCGUUCCAGGACGCCGUCCUGGGCCCCUCAUUGAGGCGCCUGCGCAUGAUCGACUGCCUGUGCGCCCUGCAGAAGGCGUUCACGUUCAAGUUUGUCGACUUUGCCGACUUCAAUCUGAAGCUGUACGAAGAGUUGGGCAGUGUGAGCAACGGUGACAUCACUUGGGUGCUGCCGGGGAAAUUGAUCGCUUUCCAGGGACCCAACGAUCUGCCGGAUCGCUUCUGUCAUAGUCCUGAGUUCUACGCCGAGUACUUUGUCGCUAAUAAAGUGGAAACCGUAAUCAGGCUCAACCAACCGACUUACGAUGCGUCUAGGUUCAAGAAAUACGGACUUUCGCAUCACGAUCUUUACUUCAUUGAUGGGUCUCCCCCGACAAUAGAGAUUGCUCUAGAGUUUUUAAGAAUAUGUGAAAACUCCAAUGGCCCAAUAGCAGUUCACUGCAAGGCUGGUCUAGGCAGGACAGGAACUCUGAUAGCCACCUACCUGAUGAAGCAUUUCCGGUUGACGGCGUUGGAAGCGAUCGGCUGGCUGCGCAUCUGUCGGCCUGGCAGUGUGAUUGGGCCUCAGCAGACCUGGCUCGAGGACCAUCAACAAUUCAUAUGGAAGUGGGGACAAUCUUACAGGAUGCGACAUUACAAGAACGAUUUUAUCACUGCGUUUGCGACCGGCAUCUACAGCUUGAACUCGCUCGGCGAGGAAGUACAUGUGGCAUCUUUACUCUGCAUUCAGGCCGAUCAAGGAGAAUCUCCUGCUGUUACAAAGAGUAGGAAAGCCUGCGCCAAAAAGAUGUCAAACAAGAAGAGCAGCACGAAUACGGCAAAAUGCGGCAGUAAUAUGGCUCCACUGUACGAAUUGCGUUCCAUGGCAAGUAGCAAAGAAGCAGGUUCAUCUCAUCCUCUCAGUGAAGGCGUUCCUGAAGGCCCUAUGCUAGUAAAAUCAGAUGAUACACAAACAAAAUCAACAUUAAAAAACUACAAACUAACUAAAGAAAAUGGGAAUCGUUGUUCUAUCACACAGGGCGAUCAAUUGAAUUCAGCAAAAUUUAAAUUGAGGAACAAGAGAAAUUCAAAAACAGUAGUGGAUUAUUCGUGAUAUUUUUGUUGCAAUUUUAAAUAGCGGUAAUACUAUUUCAUCUCUAAUAAUUUUAUGACGUAGUGUGUUUCAAGAACAAUCAAUUACAGUUUAUAUUAAUCAAAUCGAUACAGUUUGAAAUUUAUUGAAUACUACUAUUGUGUAGUGGCAGCUUUUUCCAAUUUUAUGAAUUCUACUACUACUUUUCAUGUAAGUACUUCAAGUCCAAGAUUCGGUUCCCACUAGUGCGAUACGGUACUACACGCAAUC